CUCCAUCAGCUUUUAGUGAGUAAUUCUGUAGGUUUCAACAGUUCUGGUCCUCGCUGUGUAUCAUAGGAGUCCGUUCUGAGAAAAUAAAUAUCUUCAGUUAGUUGACACUGCAGAGGGUUUGUGUUUGGUCCUGAGGUUCUGAGAAGAUUCUGAGGGGUUCUAUUUUACAGGACGCUACUUGGGCAUUGAAAGACCUGUUCAAGCAUCACUUCCACUGUUUCAGAUUGGUAAUUUCAGGUUUACUUACUACUCCCUGUAAGAGACUUGGUCGCAUACAUGGAUACAUUGAACUGAAAAGUUCUUAUUUUAUAUACAUCAGCAGUAAGAACUGGAAGGUCAAAUUAAAAUUAAAUGUAGAUUUCCAUUCCUCAUUGAAGACUCCCAUUUUUUAGUUUGCCAUGUAAGAGAUUUUCAUUUCGCACCCAAAACAAGCACUGAGCUUAGGUUUGUUUUUUCUUGGCUUUUUUCCAGAAAUGAAUGCCUAUUUGAAAUUUAGCUACAGAAAUACACUAAACUAGAACAUUUCACACCGAGGUUAAACUUGUGAAGAGGGGAAGAACAUGGAAUCUACAAAUAUCUUUGUUACUCAGCAAACAUCUUUUCCUACCCAUCCCAAACACAUGCAGAAAUGUACAGACAAGAAAAAAACUCACCACUGCACAGUCUGUGGGAAGAGUUUUACUCGACAGAUGCAUCUCCAACUACACCAGCGCAUUCACACUGGAGAGAAACCGUAUCACUGCUCAGACUGUGGGAAGAGUUUUACUGAUCAGAGUACUCUUAAAAAACACCAGCGCAUUCACACAGGAGAGAAACCGUAUCUUUGUUCAGACUGUGGGAAGAGUUUUAAUCAACAGAUUAAUCUCCGAAGACACCGGCACAUUCACACAGGAGAAAAACCGUAUCACUGCUCAGACUGUGGGAAGGGUUUUACUCAACAGAUUCAUCUCCAACAACACCAGCACAUUCACACUGGAAAUAAACCGUAUCACUGCUCAGACUGUGGGAAGAGUUUUACUCAACAGAUUCAUCUCCAACUACACCAGCGCAUUCACACUGGAAAUAAACCGUAUCACUGCUCAGACUGUGGGAAGAGUUUUAAUCAACAGAUUACUCUCCUACGUCACCAGCGCAUUCACACUGGAGAGAAACCUUAUCACUGUUCAGACUGUGGAAAUAGUUUUAAUCAACUGAGAACUCUCCAACUGCACCAGCGCAUUCACACUGGAGAGAAACCAUAUCAGUGCUCAGACUGUGGGAAGAGUUUUAGUCGUCGGUGUGUUCUCCAACUACACCAGCGCAUUCACACUGGAGAGAAACCGUAUAACUGCUCAGAUUGUGGGAAGAGUUUUAGCCGUCAGAGCCAUCUCCAGCAACACCAGCACAUUCACACUGGAGUGAAACCGUAUCACUGCUCAGACUGUGGGAAGAGUUUUACUGAUCAGAGUACUCUUAGAACACACCAGCGCAUUCACACUGGAGAGAAACCGUAUUAUUGCUCAGACUGUGGAAAGAACUUCAGGUAUUUAAGUGCUUUGAAGAAGCACAAAUGCUCCAAGAGCAGUGAUGGAACUGGGCUGUAAAACAUCAAAACCCCAAUCCAGGAGUAAAAGAUGUUGAUGGGACGAUACACUAUUUUCAGCUCCGAUCUGAUUACUAACUAGGCUAACAGACUGCAGAUGUUAAUGGAGAUGGCUACUGGCUAACUGGCGAUGCUAACUGUAUUUCCGAACUAAAUUAAUCACAGUUUUUACUAAGAGAUGGUAGUGUUUGUGCUGGUUAGUGUUUGUAGAUCCUGUGGUUUUAUAGGAUAUGUGGAUUAUGACUAUAGUUCACUCCAGUCUGUAGUUAAUACCUUUACAACACCAGAAUGCAGCUGCUGUCAGUUUAGUGCUAGCUAGGCUAACAGACUGCUGGUGUUAAUCUGUUCACCCCUCGGACCCUGACUGCUGUUCAGCGUUUCUGAACAAAAAAAUCCCCAGAUAGUUCAUUUUUUGUAGACAAACUACUAAAUAGCUAAAUUACUCAGUCAUACAUCUUUUAUGUAUUUAAGCCAAUCCCAUUUACUUACAGGUGACAUUUUCAAUGCAUUAAUUUAAACUACAAGUUUACAGAAAGAGUGUUAUUGAAUUUCCAAAUAUGAGUAAUACCAGGAUCUGACUGAAAACAGAAAAGAUAUAGAAAUAACACAAUGAUCGGUUAAAGGUGUAGAAGAGGUGUCACAUUAUAUCAUAUUAUUAAUGUAGUAAAAAUGAGCCAAUAGCCUAUUCUAGGACUUUUCCAGAGGAAUUAAUUGUAAAUUGAAUUGAAACUGUAAAAUACCAAGAUUUUUACCCUCCAGUAAUCAUAGUAAAUCAAAAAGUUUAGAAAAACACAUUCUACGUGGGAUUUAGUGUUUUUUCUCUUCUUCUGUUUAGUUUAGUGUAUGUUUAUAAUAACACUCCGGUCCAGAUGAUGGCGGUAAUGUACCGGUAAAAUAACAGAAAAAGAAGAAGAGCAGUCUAGGAGAGCAGGGUUUGUGCUUGGUUGUCAAGGAUAACCAGCUUCAAUCUUAACAUGAGCCAGUGUUUUAUUUCUUGGUAAAUAAUGUGAUAAUUACAAGUUAGAGUUAUAAUCUUGGACCUUAAAUAGUUCUAAUCCCAACACUUGCCUGGUUGAGAAGGGUGGCAACGUUUGCAAAGAAGAAACCGAUUUAUUCCAGAUUUUACCACAUUUUUCUUUACUUCAUUAUUCCUGCUUUUUCCACUCUUCUCUGGAUUAUUGCAGAAGGUGCCAAUCUUUUAGAAGAAAUGAAUGCCGACCUGUUCCAGGUUUCCUGCUCCGAGUACCUGUUUGAAGUUUAGGCUCGGUUUCCCCGCCCCUCCUCCUCCUCAUUUCCUCCCGGGUUGUGACGCGCGUGAACGCUCCCCGUAUCCUGCUCCGCUUCGCCACCGUCAGCGGCUCGCUGAGGACCUGACCAGCCGCGACAUCACCGCAGCCGGGCAGGGCUCUUACCGUUUCCAAUGUUUGCUGAAUGCAGAUGCUGAAUUUCAAAAAGGCCAAAUAGGGGAUAUAAAGAGUAUGGAUGGCUAUGGCUUUUCGAGUGAUAUGUUCAGUGGCCGAUCGGUUCUGGGUGAGGACCACUCAGUCAUGGCCCGCAUGCAGAAGAAAUUCUGGAAGACCAAGCAGGUUCUAAUCAAGGCCACAGGAAAGAAGGAGGAUGAGUAUGUGGUGGCAUCUGACGCAGACCUGGAUGCUAAACUGGAGUUCUUUCGUUCGAUACAGGCCACAUGCACAGAGCUGCUGAAAGUGAUUGAGAAAUACCAGCAAAAGAUCACACAUCUGUCUCAGGAGGAGAAUGAAAUGGGUUUGUUUCUACGCUUCCAGGCAGAACAUGACAAAACCAAAGCAGGAGGCAUGAUGGACGCCACCAGUAAAGCACUCUGCAGCUCCGCCAAGCAGAGGCUGGCCCUGUGCCCCCCGCUGCAGCGGUUGGAGCAGGAGGUGGAGACGUUUCGGCGGCGGGCGAUAGCGGACACGCUGCUGACGGUGGGACGGAUGGAGAAGGCGCGCACUGAGUACCGCGGAGCUCUGCUCUGGAUGAAGGACGUCUCCCAGGAGCUCGACCCAGACACCUACAAACAGCUGGAGAAGUUCCGCAAGGUGCAGGCACAGGUGAGGGGGACAAAGGUGCAGUUUGAUAAACUGAAGAAUGACGUGUGUCAGAAGGUGGACAUGCUGGGGGCCAGUCGCUGUAACAUGUUGUCUCACUCUCUCUGCACUUAUCAGACCACACUGCUGCAGUUCUGGGAGAAAACGGCACACAUCAUGUCUGGCAUCCAUGAGGCCUUCAGAGGAUACGUGCCCUAUCAGUUCACUACCCUUAAGGAGCUAAGAGACCCGCUGGAGCACCUUUCAGAGGGACCGUCCUCAGAGGAGCGCAAGGAUAAGAAUAAACAGUCUAAAGCAGACAAUCUUGUGUCUCUGGAGGAGGAUCAGUCAGCUGCUGUAGCUGGUUCUGCUCUGGGCAGCGAUGGUCAGAGUAAAGACUCAUACAGCUCUUUAUGUGCAAGCUUGGACUCAGUUGGCAGGGACCUUCUGUCCGGUCUCCCCCCGCAGUCUGGAGAUGAAGACGAGGAAAGAGAGCGAGGUGAUCUGGCUUUUCUGCAGGACCUGCUGAGCCCUGGAGCCUCCAGCGGGACCGAUGACUUCAGCAAGGCGUGGCAGGAUGCUUUCGGCUAUUUCGAGCCCCCUGCAGCUGCCCCCUCUACCACACACAAUCCUGCGACCAGCAAUCCCACGGCCCCCCGGUCACCGUCCCAGCCUGCCAGCCCCACCGGCUUCCUGCCCUCACAGCUCUUGGACCACAGCCUCAGCACCACAGGAUGGGUGACUCCACCCAUGUUUCAAGCCCUGCCCCUUCAGCCCCCAUCCACUGGUGGUCAAAUCCCAGCUACCCAAAACAGCCCAAGGACUUCAGCCAGCGCUGUAGAGCCCAAAAGUGGCAGCAGAGACAUGUCUGCGUGGUUUAAUCUGUUUGCUGAUCUUGACCCACUCUCUAAUCCUGAUGCUAUUGGACGAACAGAUGAGGAACUCCUGAAUGCCUGAGGAUUUGGGAUGAUAAUCCAUUAGGACUCCCUCUUUCAUCACUGGACAUGAAGAGAAGAAACAGUUGGAUUUUACCUCGGCCUGAAACCACUCCCACUGAGCCAAGGAUGGAUCCAGGAGCCCGGAUCCACAUCUGAAAAUAUCCUGGAGUAAUCUGUAAUCACUGGGAUGUCUGUGUGAGUGUGUGUGUGUAUGUGUGUGUGUGAGAGUAUUUGUGCUAACCUGCUGUACAUUUCUUAUAAGGAUAAAAUGGGUUUGGGGGGAAAAAAGACAAAAAAAAAAAAAAGACUGCACUAUUCACUGUAUAUCAAUAUCAAUAUCAGUUUGUCGGAAUAUCCGCCUGUCUGAGAAGCACAUGUGGAAGGAAAUGAAGUUAAAAGCGAGCGGUCACUGGAUUUCUCCCUAAAGGGGACCUACACUGUAUUUUACACUGUACAGCCCGAGCUGCACUGCUGUGAUCUUGUUGAAGUCUGUAAAUAAUCAAUAAUCUCUGUCUACAUCUGAAUUUAAAAUAGAAGUCUUGAAUGUCCAGAAACAGGGUCACUAAAUCAGAUAAAACAUGUAUUUUAAGACCACUAUCGAUAUACUGAAAAAGAGUAUAUGUAUCAGAGUAUUUAUUUUAAGGAAGGGUUGUCGUGUCCAAGGUUAUAUUGAAACAGCUGCACAGUACAGUUACAGAUAUGGAGCUUUAAAUCUCACAAAUAUUUGAAUCUGUGUUUUGUAUAUUUGAAUAUAUCUAUAUAUAUAUAUAUAUAUAUAUAUAUAUAAGGCAUGCCUCCUCCAAUCCAUAAAGUCAGACUCCGCCUCUUUCACACCUACCAUCAAUACAGCAUCACUAGGCAGCCAACACACGAUGUGGAAGGCACUGCAUCCCCAGCUCUGAUACAUCAGCUAACAGACACCUGUGCUGGCCAGCAGUACAAUGGGUGUACUAGGAGCAUUAUGAGAGUUGUAACAUUUAAAUCAGUCUACCACAUUUUACCUCUGUCCUAAUUUUGUACUAAAUCAAGUUGUAGGUGGAAUAUAUUUGAAUUCACGGAUUAGAUUUAAACAAAAAAUUAAGAAUCUGUAAAUUAAUGUUAUUGACAUUUGUUUUUUUUUUCAACAGAAAAUUUAACCCCUCAUUCAAGUUCAAAAUACAAAGAAGCAUUGUUACAAUUUAAAUGUAUGAAUUAUGCCAUUAAAUAUGGAAUAAAGCCCAUUUAUUCAUAUAUACACAAUGCUCAUUUAAAUACUUUUAAGCUUCAUACCACAAAAUGAAAGGAAAAUGCUCUGAAAAUGAACAAAUGCAUUUCAUUAAUUCCAUGAUCAGGAUCUGAGAAAGCCCUCCUAAUGCACAGCCAAGGAUGUAUAGAACAUCAAUCAUCAUUAAUCAUAUUUUAGGGCUUAAACUGUUUAUAUUCUACUUAAAAUAAUGGAAAAGAAUGUGUCAAUAAGGUGCUUUGUCUUUAAAUGGCAGGCUGCAUUUCAUGAACACUAGUGGUUAAAAGUUUGGAAUCAAUAUUUUUUAUCAAUUUAAAACCAAUGUGCAUCCAUUAUCCAUUAUUCUAUGUAGUUAUAUGUAUAUUUAAGUCCACCUUUUUUGUUAUAUAUUAAUUUGUUAAUGAAUGUAAAAUAACCAAUGUUAUUAUAACCAAAUAUGUUAUAAGUUUUAUGGUAUUUAAUUCCAAACUUUUAAAUGCUGUUGUACAUUAAAAGAAAAAGACUAAAACAUCUUUGAUUGAGGCUUUAACCUGUAAUACACAGAUAUUACUCAAAGAAUUUUGAGUUUUUUUGAAGUAAAAAUUAAAUAUACACCCUCUA